AUGUUAGCUGUCGAAUGGCUCAGACGCCAAUAUCGAAUUUUGGGUCGGGCCUCGUUUUCGACCGAUCAAACGGUGAAAAUUGCAGGCGCAUCUUCCGUUCCCACGCGACUUCCGAUUCGGCUGAGCAUGGAAGAGGUCGCUGUCUUGCUUUUUGAAGGUAUUGUACACGGUCUACGACGUACGUGGCCCGUUGCCUUGACCGCAGUUCCGACCGAUGAACAACUAGAAGAGUUUCGUGCAUCCCUGAGGAAAAACUCCGAAGAAAUGCAAGAGAUUCAUCUCGUUAAGCGCCGCAUAGAAGCGACUGGUUUCUACUCUCAGCUGGUCAAUGGCUUGUCGGUACACAAAAAACGUCAGUUGUCCCGCAUCUCACAAACCCGAGAAGGGGACCAGUCGUCGGACGGGACUAACUCCUCGGCUUGUUCUAUACGGCAACGUCGCAGAGCUCUUCGGGAGCUUAAAAAACGACAGAAGAUGACUGAGGUAUGCGAACAUCCGAACCCUGAUACCGGCACAUCUGAUCAAGAAGAACGAAUCGAAGGAGAUAACAAUUGUUUAUCGAAUGUUUCUAUAGAAGCCACACGACAAGUCGAUGCAACCUUGAAUGAGGAACACUUAACCUUAGAUCAUUUGUUAGGCCAAUAUUCGUUUGGUCGUCAGCAGCCUCGUUACGAUCUCGACGAGGUUUGUCGUCCCGAGGAUAACUGGCGAAGUUGCAUUCCACAGCACUUACCUCGGGCUACGCCACAGUCGUGGGUGCGAACCGAUGAGGUCAAUCUGGUGCGAUUACCAGAAAAAGUGAGAUCUCGUGGACUCUACUCCGGCAAGUUCAAUUUAAAUAGCUACAUCCCUGUGCAUUUUGGUCGACUACUCUAUGUCCUGUUGCCGCGCUUCUAA